GGCACGGCGGUUCGUGCCCGACGGCGGCAUCCGCGUCGGCCCUCGGGUGUCCGGUGGGCCGGCGGGAGGAGCGGCGGGAGGCGGAGGCGGGGCGGGGAGGAGAGGAGAGAGGCCCCGCGCGGGGAGGACCGUAAAAGUGCCAGAUGUUUGGCAGCGGCCGGGGAAGGAAGUCGCUGCCGGGGCCCUGAGUCCCGCCCGAGCCGCGCCGGAGCAGUCAGGGCCGCGCCAUGGCUCGCACGGCUCCUCCGUCAGUGCCACCGCCCCCGGGGCCGCCGGCCCGCGGCUCGCUCAGCCUCCACCGCGCCUACCUGCGGAGCCCGCUGGGCUUGCUGCGCCUGGGGCAACUGGCGCUGGGCGCUGCCUUCUGGGUGACGGUGGCGGCUCACAAGUACGAGGGGGCGGCCCACUUCGCCCUCUUCGCCGCCGUCCUGGUCUGGCUCCUCACCCUGGCCCUUUUCGGGCUGAGCCUGCUGGGGCGCUGGGAGCUGGUGCCCUGGCUGGGCUCCCGCUGGCUCCUCACCAACCUGGUGCACGACCUGGCGCUGGGUGUGGGGCUUUAUGCAGCCGCCACUGGCAUCAUGGGCCACAAGGCCGGUCAGAGAAGCUAUUGCAACCUGCCAGGCUACAGCCAGCACUGCCUCUACGGUGCCUACCUGAGUGCUUCUGUCUGCGGGGGCAUCGCUGCCUGCCUGUACCUCUUCUCCGGGCUCUACUGCCUGUCACGGCGUUGCCGGGACCAGCGUGACAUCAUCUGAGACCUUGAGCCACUUGGCUCCCCUUCUUCUCGCUCACAGACAGAGCACAGCCCCUCUCUGGGACAAAGUGACCCUGCUGCCCCAUCCCCUCCUGGCUGACUGCACUGCAACUCCUCCAGAGACCCCUGCACAGAUGGAUGGACAGAUAGAGGCCUUCCCCAAGCACACCUUUCCCUGCAACGCACCGAGACAUCAUGGACACCCAGCCACUGUACAGGCGCUUCUCCCAUCUCUGAACCCAAGGAAGGACCCAAGUGGAGAGCCCCUAAGAGGAAUAUCAAUUUUUGGGAGUUCCUCCAGGACUUCUGCCAAACUCCCCUGCUCCCGACCUUGCAGAUGCUGCAUACUCAGCUGCGUGGCGCCUCCACAAUUCCCUAACAGAGGCUCUGAACUCAGCUUCCCUAGCCCGGGCCCCUCCUUCUGUCUGGCCUGAAAACAUCCUUCAUCUUAUCGGAGCCCCACGGGGCUCAGCCCCUCCCUGCCCUGCGCUCUGGGGGUGUGGAGACACCCGGGUACCACACAACCAGACCCAGCGUCACCCCUGGCCCCCGGCAACAACCCAGGUCCGGUCUGGGGUCUGAGCAGGGCAGCAAGGCCUCCAUCACUGCAGGACAAGGGGAAGGACGAGUGGGGUCUUACCCUGGGCAGGGGGUAAAUUCCUCCAACCUUGGAGUUUGUACAGCCCCAGGAUGGGGCCAGGUGCCCCUGGGGGUUGAAGGGGCCAGUCUUGGGGUCAUUCUUCUGCUGUUCUGCAGAGAGGUUUGUGGCUCCGAGCCACCCAGAGCCACUGAAGCAGACCGGGGCCAGGCUGCUCCAAAAGGGACAGGCACAGCCUCACUGAUGUUUCUGGAGGCUGGCCUGCAGCCCUGCCUGGCUCUGCUGCACUUGGUUUAUCAUCCCAGAAGAUUCUGGUCUCUGGACUCUCCGACUUCAUCUUGGGACCAGGCAGUGCCUGGAGACUGUGGCAAGGUGGAAGGGUGAGCAUGGUAGUGCUGGGCUGCUGCUGGCACUCUGGCCAUGGGGGAACUGGGACCGGGCAUUGUGGGGACACAGCCUGUCUUGGAGAACAGGAGAAGAGGACACUGCCACUGGAGCCGGCCCAGCCUUGGAUCAGCCUCCACAAUCCACCAAGUGCCAAGCCCUGAGGAGGCCAUGUAGGGCCAACUGGAGAAACAGGCAGCCAGAGACAGAAUUUUUGGAGGAGCACCACACCAGGGCUGUCCUGCCACAAGCCCUCCUUGCCCUGCCUGGAGGCAGAUCCUCUCCUUUGGUCUUGGUGCGAGGGAAGGUCUGCCCCAGUCUCUGUAUGAGCUCAAAUCAGUGGGGUGGGUGUCCCCAGCAGCUGGGCAUAGCGUCUGGCUGUUGCCUGGGGUUCCCUGGUGCCUUUUUUGAGGUGGAGAGCAGCAGCUGUUAUCCUCCUGGGGCUUGAAGGGGUUUGGGGUUGGUACUGGGUCCCCACUUCCAUCGUGAGGUGCUGUCCCAGCAGAUAUCCAUUGUGCUCAGGGGCCCUGCCAACCCCUGGGCCAUGUGUCCCUUCCCUGGGUGGGAUGUGCUGUCCCUGCCCUGUCAGGGCUGGUCCCUGACAUCACCUGCCUCCACCUGUUCUGGUGCAGCCCCUGGCCCAGGCUGCCCAAAAUGCCCUCUGUGCUUCUGCCAGCACAAGUGCCUUUCUCUGGCUUUCUGCAGCCCUGUCUGUCAUGCUGGCUCUGUCCCCCUACAGCCUCCUCUCUGGUGCCCGUGGAUUCACAUUCCAAAUAAAGCAAUGUUGGCGCUCA